AUGGGCAAAGGGUGUUCAUCUUGCUACCCGCGGAACACGGCAGCCGUUAGCGUCUCGAAUGCAUGCAGGGCGCGGUUACAUCGUCUCCCAUGCGCUGACAUUAGAACAUGGUCGCCCCGCCACCUUGCACCGGCUGGCUUCUCUUUAGCGUCGCCACGCCGUCUUAGUUUGCGCGGAGCGCCGGAGACGGGAGACGGACUCGGUUUGGAUCGCCCGGAUCGACCGAUGCGUAUUGGCCCGCCCCGCUUCAACCGAUUUAAUAGCGCCGCGCUGUUUCAAUUCCCUUCACAGACUCCAUGA